AGUCAAGUACCGACAAAAAACUGUAUAUAAAAUUGCGGGCUAUCCGUUCAUUUUCCCUUCCCCAUUCCUCCUUUUUUUGCUAAUCGGUAGGGCCACUCUAUAGUUUCCAAAUUAAUUUGUUAUUUAAGCACAAAUAGCUGUUUGUUGUUGUUUUUUUUUUUAAUUUUUUGGAAAUAUGAAGUUUUUUAGUGUCGCACUUUUCACCCUUAUGGCUUUCGUUGGUAUGGCCUUUGGUUACCCAAUGUUAGCUAUGCAAGCUUUUGACGACAUCCACUGCAAGGGUAGCAAGAGCUAUGCAAUUUCCGUGAACGACUGCCAAAAGUUCCGUGACGUUUCUUCCAUCAAGUCCUUUGCUGAACGUGGUGUUUGCACUGCCUACGUUUACACAUCUGAUGAUUGCUCUGGUAGCCCCAUCUUGACCCAAAACAUCCAGAAUGGCUGCAACGAUUUGGACGUUUCCUUCUCUGGCUCUUGGGAAUUCCGCUGCUAAAUCUGUCAUUGAAAACAUCCGGGCUAAAGAAGGUUAUUGAACAAAAGUCGUCUCAACGUCGUCUUUCUUCAGCUUUGACUGACGUUUUCAUAUGAAUAAAUUACUCUACAUCUUAAACCAUUUUUUCCUCGUAGAUAGAAAACAGCUAAUAAGCAAAUAGCAAGAAUGGGACUGUAGUAUAGAACUUUUUCGUAUCCUUACUGAAAUUGAGUAACGAACAUAUAAGAGACAUAUAAGAGCGUCCAGAC